CAGCGCCACCGCUGUGCCGGUGCAGGGCUCCGGGGAGCCGGGAGCCGAGCCCGUGGAUGCUGCAGCUGAGCGCGCGCCGCUUCCCGGGGCGAGCAGAAUGAAGAAGAUGAGCAACAUUUAUGAGUCAGCUGCCAACACACUGGGAAUCUUUAACAGCCCCUGCCUGACCAAAGUUGAGCUGCGUGUGGCUUGCAAAGGCAUUUCCGACAGAGAUGCGCUCUCCAAACCAGACCCCUGUGUCAUCCUCAAGAUGCAGUCCCACGGGCAGUGGUUUGAGGUUGACCGGACAGAAGUGAUCCGCACCUGCAUAAACCCAGUGUACUCCAAACUGUUUACUGUGGACUUCUACUUCGAAGAGGUGCAGCGCCUGCGGUUUGAAGUCCAUGACAUUAGCAGUAACCACAAUGGGCUGAAGGAGGCCGACUUCCUUGGUGGCAUGGAGUGCACACUUGGACAGAUUGUCUCCCAGAGGAAGCUGUCCAAGUCCUUGCUAAAGCAUGGGAACACAGCAGGAAAAGCCUCCAUCACGGUGAUUGCUGAAGAAUUGUCUGGCAAUGAUGACUACGUUGAACUUGCAUUCAAUGCACGGAAAUUGGAUGACAAGGAUUUCUUCAGCAAAUCUGACCCAUUUCUGGAAAUUUUUCGCAUGAAUGAUGAUGCGACUCAGCAGCUGGUGCACCGAACCGAGGUUGUAAUGAACAACUUAAGCCCAGCCUGGAAAUCGUUCAAAGUGUCAGUAAAUUCCCUGUGCAGUGGAGAUCCAGACCGCCGGCUGAAGUGCAUAGUAUGGGACUGGGACUCCAACGGCAAGCAUGACUUCAUUGGAGAGUUCACCUCAACAUUCAAGGAAAUGAGAGGAGCGAUGGAAGGGAAACAGGUGCAGUGGGAGUGCAUCAACCCCAAGUACAAAGCCAAAAAGAAGAACUACAAGAACUCAGGCAUUGUGAUUCUGAAUCAGUGCAAGAUCCACAAGAUGCACUCUUUCUUGGACUACAUCAUGGGUGGCUGCCAAAUCCAGUUUACAGUAGCUAUAGAUUUUACUGCCUCAAAUGGGGACCCCAGGAACAGCUGUUCCCUGCACUACAUCCACCCUUACCAACCCAAUGAGUACCUGAAGGCUCUGGUGGCUGUUGGGGAGAUUUGCCAAGACUAUGACAGUGAUAAAAUGUUUCCAGCAUUUGGGUUUGGUGCCAGGAUACCCCCAGAAUACACGGUGUCACAUGACUUUGCAAUCAACUUUAAUGAAGACAACCCGGAAUGUGCAGGAAUUCAAGGAGUCGUGGAAGCCUACCAGAGCUGUCUUCCUAAGCUGCAGCUCUAUGGCCCCACCAAUAUUGCCCCCAUCAUUCAGAAGGUUGCAAAGUCAGCCUCGGAGGAGACCAACACCAAGGAGGCAUCGCAAUACUUCAUCCUGCUGAUCCUGACCGACGGCGUCAUCACAGACAUGGCGGAUACCCGAGAGGCCAUCGUGCACGCCUCCCACCUGCCCAUGUCGGUCAUCAUCGUGGGAGUGGGCAAUGCUGACUUCAGUGACAUGCAGAUGCUGGACGGUGAUGACGGGAUUCUGAGGUCACCCAAGGGAGAGCCUGUCCUUCGAGACAUCGUCCAGUUCGUGCCCUUCAGGAACUUCAAACACGCCUCCCCAGCUGCCCUGGCCAAGAGUGUGUUGGCAGAAGUCCCAAACCAAGUCGUGGACUAUUACAACGGCAAAGGGAUUAAGCCAAAAUGCUCGUCAGAAAUGUACGACUCUUCCAGGACACUAGCACCAUGAGCUUUGUAUACUUUUACAGAGUUCCAGAAUAUUACUCCUGCUAAUAUUUAAUACUUCUACUACUCCUGUACUUUAAAAAGCUACACAUUUAAAAAUAGCACGUUUUGGUGAUUUUUAACUUUUUUUUUUGCAUGUGUAGCCCCAACACCUGGAUCUAUUAAGCCCUUGCAUUGUUAAAGACUUUUUACAAAGACCAGCAGAUAAUAACUUACUCUUUACAUUAUAGCAUGUCGCCUUGAAAUAAAAUGGUAUCUGUAUCUGUUUUUUAUACAGGUUUGUUGAAAUUUUGCUAAAUUUCUUAUUAUCUUUACAUUGUAAAGCAUUUUGAAAUAUUUAUUGAACGUUGAUAGCCAAAACAUACCUGGGUUUGUCUGCUACAGGCUCAGAGACUUUUCAAAAAGGCACAUGCAUGGACUGUAUCUUGCAUGUUUCAA